GACUAGGCCAAAUGCCUUUCCUCUACACUUUCUAAGCUCUCUCAUGCAUUGCCAUUGCCCCAUUUCCCUAUUUAAACUCUCCCAUCUCUGCUUCUUCUUCCCACACUUGAUUGAUUCACCAUCAAUUUCUCCAACCAAAUCUCCAAAUUUUCCUUCCAAGAUAAAAAAAAAAUAUAAUUCCUCUGUUUCAUUCCUCCCCUGUAAGCCAUGCUGCUGCUGUCCCAGCCAGUUGCAGAGAGCAAAUCUCGCGCCGGAGCACCGCGAAAAUCCACCUUGGGGAUGUUCGCGGCGGCGGAGAUCCCUGUGAUAGAUCUUCUGGAGGCAGAGGCGAAGAACAAGAUCGUGAGGGCCUGCAGGGAGUUUGGGUUCUUCAAGCUGGUCAACCAUGGCGUCCCCCUGGAGGCCAUGGCUGCCAGGCUUGAAGAAGAAGCUCUCAAGUUCUUCAACCUGCCCCAGCAUGAGAAGGACAAAGCUGGCCCUCCCAACCCCUUCGGGUACGGGAACAAGGCGAUCGGACCCAAUGGGGAUGUCGGUUGGGUCGAGUAUCUCCUCUUCACCACCAACCCAGACCUCAUUUCCCCAGCCUCCAUUCUUCCUCCCAAUUCCCAGCUAUUCCGGGGGCUGGUGAAUGAGUAUGUUGGGGCAGUGAAGAGUGUGACAUGUGAGGUGUUGGAGAAGAUGGCAGAGGGGUUGAAGAUAGGGGCAAAGAAUGUGUUCAGCAGGCUGAUAAGGGACGAGAGGAGCGAUUCGUGCUUCCGGGUGAACCAUUACCCGCCGCAGCCGGACGACUUCCAUGGGAGGAGGGGGAUGAUUGGGUUUGGAGAGCACACUGACCCACAGGUUGUCUCUGUUGGGAGGUCCAACAACACAACCGGCCUCCAAAUCUCCCUCCGGGACGGCACUUGGGUCUCCGUCCCUCCCGACCCCCGCUCCCUCUUCGUCAUGGUUGGCGACUCCCUACAGGUGAUGACGAACGGGAGGUUCAGGAGCGUGAAGCAUAGAGUGGUGACGAGCAGCCCGAAGGCGAAGGCGAGGGUGUCGAUGAUAUACUUCGGAGGGCCGCCAUUGAGUGAGAAGAUAGUACCCCUAACUUGCUUGAUGGAACAAGGGGAAGAGAGCUUGUACCAUGAGUUUUCCUGGUCUGAGUACAAGAAGUCAGCUUACAAGACAAAGUUGUCUGAAAAUAGGCUUUCCCUUUUUGAGAAGAACAAAUUUCCCACCCCUCCAAACCCUUCCAAUAACCCAUCUUCAAGCAAAUUUCUAUUAUAAAAAAAAAGCUUGAAAUAUAAUUGUACUACAUACAUCAUCACUUUAAGUGCAGGUGCAAUUUCCAUGUUACUAGAUAUAGGCUUUGUCAU